AUGGCGACUCAAUCUUUUCCUUCAACCCCGAAAGCGAAACCGCCGCUGGCUGCUCCUCCCACCCCAGAGGGUACCCUGACCCCUGGAAAAUGGCGACACCCUCAGCUGGAUGAGAUUGUCCGGCGCCAAAAUGCAGCUACGUUUGAUCAGAAAAACGUGAAGAAGCUGGUUUGGAACGGUGCAGCUUUGGCAAUCAGCUGGAUAUUUGGAUCUACCUUCAAAACCUACUCACGCCAAAUUUUUGAUACCAACCAUAUGUAUCAGGAAGUUCCGCUAUUCAUUCUCCAGCUCUUCUUCAUUUUCAAUGUUCUAAUGGCACUCUAUCCCCUCUUCCGGCCAAAGGACGACCUCUCCGAUAUCCCCCUUACCCCCACCCAACGCUCACUUCUUGGUUUGGAUCCUGCUGCCACACCACCAGCAACUCCUGGGACAACAUAUGUUACCCCACCCAGAUACCGACUUUCCACUUCACGCAAGGCCAGUCCUGCAAGCAGACAGAGCUCCCCCAUGUCCGCAAAUGCAAGCUUUUCUGAGCGACGCACUUCUAUCAGCACACCCUUCUCACCUGUCUCCAGCCCUCUGCUUUACAAAGCAAUGUCAAAUGGAGCAACCUCAAAUGGAGGCAGAGAAUCUGUUCAACGCCAGAGCUUCGGAUCUCAAAGCUUUGGGUCUCAGAGCUUUGGGUCCCAGAGCUUUGGAUCCACUUCCUCUCUGGCUCGAAGUAACUCCUUUGGAGAGUCGACCUCGAGCAUGGGCCCAAGUACGCCUUCCCCGCUUAUGGGAAAGCGUGGAAGUCUGGGAGUCAAGAACAAGUGGCUGUAUGAGAGGAGCCGGCGGUUUUCGGCCAGUGGAGGAACUCUGUAA